AUGAACGAAGGCGGAGUUACCGGUUGCAAAAUGACGAAAGUCGUUUUUCCUGUGACUGUGUUGUACGCGUUACUACAUACUGUACUGUGCCAACCUAUAGAUAUUGAGAGACAACAGGUCGGGUUAAAAAUCUACGAAGCUUUGAGCACUUCGAACCCAGAUGUACUAAAACCGUACAAUGCUGAACUGUUUAAGCCUUUGGAUGGACCAUUUUUUAGACCCUUGUGGGAGCUAUUUCCACCGUACAACGCUUUCGCUGUGCUUGGUUUCCCACCACUGAAUGCAUCAGGUUCAGAAACAACGGUUCCAAUGAUCCGGGAGAAUCAGACUUUGACACUUUACGACGAAAAUGCAGAUGCGGUGUUCACGUACAAGAUGGUUGAGAACGUUACCGUUUUCGAGAUCAUCCUGCAAGUUCUGAAUCUUAUGGAGUUGGACAUGUACUCACAUGUUAUCUCGCAACAUGAUUGUGGAGUGAUGAAUUUGAGUUCUUCAAUUGACAGAGUGAGAUAUCAAGAAGUUGUUAGACCUCGAUAUUACUUACCGACUGUAAUCGAUAUUCAUCGGUUACUACUGAAGUCCGCGGAGGUGUGUUCGGCUGGAGCAUACUCGGCGGAUUGCUUUCUCGGUCUGCAAGAUUACAGUCAAGUUCUGUGGAUGUAUAACUGGGUGAUUUGUUCCAUAAUCGGCAGUGAUGAAGCCUACGACGUGGAUGGCAUUUGUCCCAAACUCUGUAGACCACAUACAAUGGAGGUGAUGUCCGGAAGCCACGACACAUCACUAAGUGUACCACUAAUUUAUCACAAAAUAGCUUCGGAGGACGCAAUCGAUGUGUGCGAACAGUUGAACCACGCAGUGGCCGGUAGCUGCGAACUAUUAAACGGAAACCGAAGCGUACACAUGGAUGAAUUCAAAUGCCAAUGCAUCUCUCCCGCUUAUGAAUGGACUCAGACGGAGCAUUAUCGUGGUUGCUUACUGAGGAGGGAAAUCUUGGAGUCGGAUACUGAGGCAAACGACACAAACCUACAUGUGAAGUGCCCAAUGGAAGAAAGCGACUGCGAUGAGGAAGGCACCGAGUUUUGCUAUCACCGACUUCAGCGUAACAGCACAACAAGCGAAAUUGUUCCAUCCGAAUCGGGUACGCUGGUCAUCGUUGCUCUGAGGUACUGA